AUGUGCGUGAGUGAGUUUGUGACCCUGAAGAAGGUGGUAACGCGAGAAGAUCCUGUUGCAGAGGUGACGAUAUGCCACGAACAGGCAGUGCUACCGGCCUUACUGCGUCGGUUGCAUCUCCUCACCAACGUUCGCACUACUUACCACACGAGCAAGAAGAGUUGCUAUUCCGGUGGCAAAACUGGCUACGGUUGUCACAGUGGCGUCUGCAACUACACCUGCUCCAAGUCGCAGUGUCGUGGCUUCAACAACUCCGUCUUUUCGCACAAGGGAAUUAAGGAGAAGUGGGGCAGUGGAGCCCUCGGUAAGCAGGGCUGCUACGGUGGCAACUGCGGGUACUGGAGUGGAUGCAAAGAUGGAAAGUGCAAUGGCUUCUACGACUUUACACAGUGUCAAGGUGGUGAGUGCAUGAGCGGAGCGUUCCACGGUUACGGAUGCCUUCCUGGUGGCAGCUGUCAGGUCAUCUGCCUCAAUGACGUUUGUCACUCCGUCGACAAUUAUGGCCAAAUCUACACCCUACCAAUGGGCAAGGAUGGAGUGGCAGAGUAUGCAAAUACCUUGUCUGGCUACGCCUAUGAUCCCGCAAUGAUGUAUGUUAUGCCAGGUCCCGAUUACCCUGUGCCCCAACCUCCAAGUGCGCUUCCUUCGGUGCACACCAUGGAUUCGGAGGUUCUCAAACAC